UACACCAUGUUUGCUUAUGUUGUGUAUGCAAUGGAGCAAGGUGUUGAUAAGAACGUUGAUUUGCAGAGUUCAUCUACAAAAAGGAUGAUUGGAAAAGUUGUGGUCAUAACUGGUGGUGCGAGAGGGAUCGGAGCUGCUACGGCUAAAUUGUUUGCUGAGAACGGGGCAUCCGUUGUCAUCGCAGACGUUUUGGAUGAAUCGGGGACGGUUCUUGCCGAAUCCAUCGGGGCUCGCUACGUCCAUUGCGAUGUAUCGAAGGAGAGCGACGUCGAAUUGGCUAUCCAGCUUGCCGUCGCAUGGAAAGGCAAACUCGACGUGCUGUUCAGCAAUGCUGGCAUUGGAGGCACUGCGAGCAGCAUAGUCGACCUCGACAUGGAACAAGCGAAGCAUCUGAUCUCGAUCAAUCUGCUCGGAAAUGUUCACGCGAUCAAGCACGCCGCGCGAGCCAUGCUGAGAUGCGACACGAAAGGUUCCAUCAUAUGCACAUCGAGUUCGGCUGGCAUCAUGGGAGGGCUAGCGUCUCACCCUUACUCUCUGUCGAAAGCCGGCAUCCUCGGACUGAUGAGGACCGCCGCGUGCGAGCUAGGCGUGCACGGGAUCCGUGUGAACUGCAUCUCUCCACACGGCGUCCCUACGGAUAUGCUCGUGAGCGGCUAUAGAAUUUUCCGAGGGAAAGAGAUGACGCCCGAACAAGUGGUUAAACUCGUUGGUGAACAAGGGAGUUUAUUACGCGGGAAGGCUGCAACCGUCGAAGACGUUGCCCGAGCUGCGAUGUUCCUCGCAACUGAUGGUGCCGGAUUCAUAACAGGACAUAAUCUCGUUAUCGACGGCGGAUAUACUUCCGCGAUCGGCAGCCUGAGUUUCAUCUACAAAUAGCAAAAAAAUCGGGAAAACGAAAAAUAAAACAAAGAACAACGUACUUGAUAUGU